AUGGAAUUGCCUUCCAUGACAAAAGAAAAUUGUAUCGAGUUGAGACAAAUCGCGGACGGUGACACAAAGCACUUGCAUGCCCUUCAAGCCUUGAGGCGUCCAACCGCUCAUUGGGACGACCUCCUAGUGCACAUUCUAAGUGCAAAGAUCGAUUCGCUUUCCCUACGCGAAUGGCAAUCAUCUUUCACGGGUACCGAGGUACCUUCGCUAAAACAAUUUUUCGAUUUCAUUACGCAUCGAUGCCAGAUGCUUGAAGCGACAAACAAGUCGAACGCCGCGAAUUCAAAGGCGACUGAUGCGCAGUCAAGCAGCAAGCGUCAGUCGUCACACGUUUCAACGGUCAAAACGAAAUGUAUUUAUUGUCAAGGAGAGCACUCCAUUUACUAUUGCAAGGACUUUUUAGCGCUUUCGAUCCCGCGAAGAAUUUCAGAAGUUCGUAGUCGCCACAUUUGCUUCAAUUGCUUGCGAACUACUACACAUAAUGCUAGUAACUGUACAUCGGGCUGUUGUAAAGUGUGUCGAGCCAAACACAAUACGUUACUUCAUGCACCGAGUAAAUCCACCGAACUGGCCGACGGGGCGAAGAGCGGUGACGAGUCAAAAUCGAAUAGCGCCCCCGCCGUUCUGGUAACACAUGCUUCAAGGCCGAUCGACGGCAGCCAUAUCAUAUUAUCGACAGCGGUAGUUUAA